AAAGUGCAAACAGUAGUAAAUACUUAUACUUCAAAUAGCCUAAGCCUAUUCUAAAAUUCGUACAAACCAAAGAAAGCUAACAGUGUAAACAUGUCUGCUGCUUCCUUUCUCCUUCUCUUCCAAAUUUUCAUCUUUUUUCCUUUCACCAUUAAUGCAUACUCUGAUCUUGAAACCCUUUUAAAACUCAAAGAAUCCAUUGUUGGUAUUUCAAGUUCUGGUCUUAAUGACUGGAAAAAUAUCACAACAAAUUCCUCAACUUCCACUUUUGUUCAUUAUUGUUCUUUCUCUGGUAUUACAUGUAAUAAUGAUUUACGUGUUAUAUCUUUGAACAUUUCUAAUGUUCCUUUGUUUGGUACAAUUCCACCUGAAAUUGGUCUUUUAGACAAACUUGAAAAUCUUAUUAUGUUUGGAGAUAACUUAACUGGUACACUCCCUUUAGAAAUAUCCAAACUUUCUUCUAUUAAAUACGUUAAUCUUUCAAAUAACAGUUUUUCUGGUCCUUUUCCUAGAGAAAUCUUGUUGGGGUUAAUAGAACUUGAAUCAUUUGAUAUUUAUAAUAAUAAUUUUACUGGUGAGCUUCCUACUGAGUUUGUGAAACUUAAAAAGCUAAAGACUUUACAUCUUGGAGGAAAUUAUUUUCAUGGUGAAAUACCAGAAGCUUAUUCUCAUAUUGAAAGUUUACUAUGGUUAGGUUUACAGGGUAAUUCACUUACUGGAAAAAUACCAAAGAGUUUGGCUUUGCUUCCAAAUCUUGAAGAACUUAGGUUGGGUUAUUUUAAUAGUUAUGAAGGUGGAAUUCCAACUGAGUUUGGCUCUAUUAGUACACUUAAGCUUCUUGAUCUUGCUAAUUGUAAUCUUGAUGGUGAAAUUCCUCCUAGUCUUGGAAAUUUGAAGAAGUUGCAUUCUCUGUUUCUACAUGCCAACCGUCUUACAGGUCACAUACCAUCUGAACUCUCUGGUUUAAAGAGCUUGAUGUCUCUAGACCUGUCCAUUAACCAACUCACUGGAGAAAUACCAGAGAGUUUCGUGAAGUUGCAGAAUUUGACAUUGAUAAACUUUUUCAAGAACAACUUGCACGGUCCGAUUCCCCCGUUUAUUGGAGAUCUUCCAAAUCUUGAAGUGUUGCAGAUUUGGGGCAACAAUUUUACCCUGGAAUUGCCCGAAAAUCUUGGCCGUAAUGGGAGGUUAUUGAAACUGGAUGUUACUGGCAAUCAUUUUACUGGAAGAAUACCUCCUGAUUUGUGUAAAAGUGGAAAGUUGAAGACUUUAAUUCUAAUGGAAAAUUAUUUCUUUGGUCCAAUUCCUGAACAACUUGGUGAGUGCACAUCGUUGACUCGAAUUCGUGUUAGGAAGAAUUACCUAAAUGGUACUAUUCCAGCUGGUUUUUUCAAGUUUCCUCUAAUGGAUAUGCUUGAACUUGAUAACAACUAUUUCACGGGGCAGUUACCAACGGAGAUCAACGCGAAUAAUCUUUCGAGUCUUGUGCUUUCUAACAACUGGAUUACUGGAAAUAUUCCUCCAUCUAUUGGGAACUUGAAGAACUUAGUGACUUUGUCACUUGAUAAAAACAGAUUAUCUGGUGAAAUUCCUCAAGAAAUUGCGAGUUUAAAGAAACUUGUGACCAUCAACUUGAGUGGCAACAAUUUAACAGGUGAAAUCCCGAGUUCCAUUGCUCUCUGCUCGGAACUAACAUUAAUUGACUUGAGCAGAAACCAAUUGGCUGGUGAAGUUCCAAAAGAGAUCACCAAAUUAGACAGCUUGAACGUGCUCAACCUGUCGCGAAACCAACUGAAUGGUGCCAUUCCUGGAGAUAUUGGAGUGAUGAGUGGUUUAACAGUUUUGGAUCUUUCUUACAAUGAUCUUUCUGGGCGGAGACCGACCAACGGACAGUUAAAAUUCUUCAGUGACAAGUCUUUUGUAGGAAAUCCUAAACUCUGUUCGCCCCGUGCUACAUUUUGUCCCUCAGCUUCAAACUCAGCUCAAAACUCCCACAAAAGCCAUUCUGGGAAAUUUACCACUACACAAUUGGUUGUUAUAAUAAUCAUUUUAGUCACUGUUGCAUUGCUGUUGGCUGUUACGUGGGUGUUUGUCAAGAAGGAAAAGUUCAAAAAUUCAAAGAUUUGGAAGCUAACAGCAUUCCAGAAACUUGAUUUCAGAGCUGAGGAUGUUUUGGAGUGUUUAAAAGAAGAGAACAUAAUUGGAAAAGGUGGAGCUGGGGUAGUGUAUCGAGGGUCAAUGCCAAAUGGCAUCGACGUUGCAAUAAAGAAACUUGUAGGCAGAGGAACCGGACACCACGAUCAUGGUUUCUCAGCUGAAAUCCAAACACUAGGCAGAAUCAAGCACAGGUACAUCGUACGAUUACUAGGAUAUGUCUCGAACAAGGAUACAAACGUGCUGUUGUACGAGUACAUGUCGAAUGGUAGCUUAGGGGACAUGUUACAUGGUGCAAAAGGGGCACAUUUGAGGUGGGAGACGAGGUAUCGUAUUGCUGUUGAAGCUGCAAAGGGAUUGUGUUAUUUGCACCAUGAUUGUUCGCCUUCAAUUAUUCAUAGGGAUGUUAAGUCGAAUAAUAUUCUGCUGGAUUCUGAUUAUGAAGCUCAUGUUGCUGAUUUUGGCUUAGCCAAAUUCUUGCAAGAUGCUGGUGCAUCUGAAUGCAUGUCUUCUAUUGCUGGCUCAUAUGGUUACAUUGCACCAGAGUACGCAUACACGUUGAAAGUUGACCAAAAAAGCGAUGUGUACAGUUUUGGAGUUGUACUGUUGGAAUUGAUCACAGGUCACAAACCAGUUGGUGAAUUUGGGGACGGUGUAGAUAUAGUGAGAUGGGUUAAUAAAACAAUAUCAGAAUUAUCUCAGCCGUCCGAUGCAGCUUCAGUUUUAGCAGUUGUUGACUCAAGGCUACACAGUUAUCCUAUUGGGAGUGUAAUAAACUUGUUCAAGAUUGCUAUGAUGUGUGUUGAAGAGGAAAGUUGUGCUAGGCCUACUAUGAGAGAAGUUGUUCAUUUGCUUACUAAUCCACCUCAAUCUACUACUACUGCUGCUACUACUACUCUCCUCGCCCUUUGAAAUUAACGUCUAGCGCGGAUCAAGUGUCUGGUUGAAAACACGUAAAGUUAAAGGACCGGGAAGACAAAGUCGUGCAAGUAUAGAUGUUUAUUUGAAUAUUAGGUGUUUUUUUUUUGUCAUUUUAUUUUGCUUGUGUUUGUGUUGUAGUAUGCAAGUUGUAUAAAAGGGGCAAGAAGUAAAAAAGAAAAAUGAAAAAAGAAACUCCUUUUAAUUUCUGUCUAUGGGUUUGAGGAGGUUAUGAAACUGUUUCCACGGGAAAAAUAAAUAAUUACAACAUUGCAUUAUCAGUGGCUA